AUGGAUAAGAAUACUGGAGAUUUUAUUUUAGUGAUGAGUUACACGAAAUUUGGAUUAUUGCAUGAAAAUAUGAAAGGAAUAUUUAAGCUGGAGUGGAGCGAUAUUGUUUAUGACCUAUCACAUAUUAUUCAAAGAAAUUUAUGCACCGAGAUUUAUAUUCAGGGAAAUGAUUUAUCAAGGAAAUGA